UUUCGUCCCGUAACGGAGCUCACCGUGAGUCUGAACGGGAAAUGGACGCUGUCAAACUCCAACGGGUCGCUGCUGCUGCCUGCGGAGGUUCCCGGCUGCGUUCAUUCAGCUCUGCAGCAGCAGGGAUUCAUCCUGGACCCAUAUUUCAGGUUCAACGAUUUGUCUUAUCGGUGGAUUUCACUUGACAACUGGACGUAUACGACCACGUUUACUGUCCCUCCUCAGCUGAGGGUCAAACGGAAGGUGCUGCUGGUCUUUGACGGCGUGGACACUGUGGCGUCCGUCUCUCUCAACGGGGUCACAGUCGGGAAGACGGACAACAUGUUCCGUAGAUACGACUUCUCGGUGAGCGACCUGCUGAAGGACGGAGAUAAUGUGCUGGAGGUUAAUUUGCUGUCUCCGGUUGUUUACGCGUCUGAGCGGAGGAAAGCUCAUUCGUCCUACAGAGUUCCUCCCGAGUGUCCUCCGGACGUCCAGAAGGGAGAAUGUCACGUCAAUUUCAUCAGGAAAGAACAGAGCUCCUUCAGUUGGGACUGGGGUCCUUCGUUCCCCACGAUGGGUCUGUGGAAAGGAGUCCAGCUGGAGGCGUUUGAUAUUCUGCAGCUCGUCCAGGUUUCCUCCGUCCCUCUCUACGACUCCAGCGUCUCUCAGUGGAAGCUGCAGGUUGAGCUUCAUGUCGAUGCAGUUCAGACAACAAAUGGACGAGUGACGCUCUCGAUACCCGAGCUGGGUACAGAGCAAACCUCCCAGAUGCAGUUUCUUCAAGGAAAGACGAAGAACAGCUUCGUCCUAAACAUCAACACGAGCAGCCAGGUGAAGCUGUGGUGGCCCAGCGGACACGGUGACCAACACUUUUACCGCCUCGCUGUCAGAGGAUUUCAGGAUGGAUUCUUAGUCCUCAAUACAGAGUCUAAGGUGUAUUUCCGAGCGGUGGAACUGGUCCAGGAGCCGGUCGUCGGCUCUCCAGGGUUGAGCUUUUAUUUCCGCAUCAAUGGGAAACCAAUUUUCCUGAAAGGCUCCAACUGGAUCCCGGCCCACUCCUUCCAGGACCGAGUCACGCCUGCUGUCUUGAGGAACUUGUUGCAGUCGGCGGUGGAUGCCAACAUGAAUGGCCUCAGGGUCUGGGGAGGUGGAGUGUACGAGCAGGAUCUGUUCUACGACAUCUGCGAUGAGUUGGGCAUCAUGGUUUGGCAGGACUUCAUGUUUGCUUGUGCCAUGUAUCCCACCGAGGACGACUUCAUACAGACGGUGAGAGAGGAGGUCGUCCAACAGGUUCGCCGCCUAAAGUCCCACCCCUCUAUCAUAAUUUGGAGCGGAAACAAUGAAAACGAAGCAGCUCUGGCGACAGACUGGUUCAACAUCCCGGCUGCCCAGAGGCCAACGUACCUGAAAGACUACGUGACGCUUUAUGUGGACAACAUACGGCAGAUCGUGCAAGAGGAGGACCAGAGUCGCCCUUUCCUCAUCUCCAGUCCGACAAACGGGGCUGAAUCGGAGCAGGAGGGCUGGGUGGCGGCGAACCCUUAUGAUCCUCACUACGGAGACGUCCACUUCUACAGCUACACCCUCGACUGCUGGGACUGGAGGACGUUCCCUCGGACACGUUUCGCCUCUGAAUAUGGCUUCCAGUCCUGGCCGUCCUUCUCCACUCUGCACCUGGUUUCCGUUAAAGAAGACUGGAGCUACGACAGUAACUUCACGUCUCACCGUCAACACCACGAAGCAGGAAACCAGCAGAUGUUGCUGCAGGCCGCGCUUCACUUCAACCUGCCGAACUCUACAGAUCCUCUGAGAAGGUUUACAGACACUCUGUACAUCACUCAGGUCAUGCAGGCUCAGUGUGUGAAGACGCAGACGGAGUUUUAUCGGCGGAGUCGGAGUGAAAUCAUCGGAGGUGAAGGUCAAACUAUGGGCGCUCUGUACUGGCAGCUCAACGAUAUCUGGCAGGCGCCGUCCUGGUCGUCGAUUGAGUUCGGUGGAAAGUGGAAAAUGCUGCACUACUUUGCACAGAGCUUCUUCGCUCCCGUCCUGCCCGUCGGCUUUGAAGACGACGAAACGCUGCUCGUCUACGCCGUCUCAGACCUGAGUCAUGACCUGAAGCUCAGGGCUGUGGUGACCGUGUACUCCUGGUCUGAGCUGGAUCCGGUCUGCACCCGGACAUCCGACCUGCUGACGGUACCUGAAGGCAGCGCCGUGCCCGUUUUCAAGCAGCCUGUCGCCGCCCUGCUGGCCGGAUGUGGACGCUGCAGCCGCCCCACCUGCCUGCUGACCUUCCACCUGGAGGACGGCGGCGGACAACAGCAGGGUCCCACCAACCACCACUUUCUCUGCUCACCCAAAGACGCUCAGGGCCUGAAGACGCCCAACAUCACCGCGAAGGUGCAGCAGGACGAGUCGGGCUUCACCGUCAGCCUCCACUCUGCCUCUGUGGCUCCUUUUGUUUGGCUCGACGUGGGAAACGUCGCCGGACGCUUCAGCUCCAACGGCUUCCUGAUGGUUUCCAGAAACAGGACGGUCCGUUUUGAUGCCUGGCGUCCUACCAGCGUCGCCGAACUCUCCGCAUCCCUCACCGUCACGUCUUUAACGGAUGUGUACUGACCUGAGGGCAGGUUAACCAGAGAGGUAACAGACGAGCUGAGCAGGUUCUCUUCUCUUAUUGGCUGCUUCCAAAAGUGCCUUCAGUUUGAAUGUAUUUUAUUGAUGCUGAUGCUUGGUGAUGAUUUUCCAAAUGUUUGCACAAUGAUCAGAGCAGAAAAACCUGCAAAACAGCAACUGUUUGAACAAAAAAGUGAUUUUUCCUGCUUCUGACAACUGUGUUCAAUCACAAGAAGGACAUUUUUAGCAAUCAAAAAGUAUUAAUUCACACAAAAACCAUGACAGGAUGAAAUUUGCGAGAACAAAUACAGUUUUAUUCAGGGUUUACAAGAUGAACUGGACAUUGUUACCCUGGUUCCAGACUUCGAAAUCUCCCACAUAUUAGAUUUAUUACCUAACUGAAUGUACAGAUAAUUAUUUAAUUAGGUGAAACUAACAUUAUUAGGCUCCAUAUUGAUACUGAAGUUCAUGAAAACCGUAUCAAACUGAUAUUUUGCUGUUGCAGAGAGACUGUAAAACCUGGAUGUGUUGUGUCACAUCCGUUUAUGUGCCAAAGUGUGUUUUGUAUUUGUGCUUAAAUUAAAUCAACUUGUAAAUCUUACUUUUGUAAAUAAAUAUUUAAAAAGUUAA